UACUGCCGUGUGGGAUGAUGCUAGGUGGGGAGCGCUGAGCUGGGCGGGCUUCUCUGGCUGUGGGGCCUCCUGUGUUCCUUGUGGGAGAUGGAAGGAAGUGAGUGUCCCGUCCUUCCUCCCUGCCAUGAGAUUCCAGGACGGGACCUGGCAAGUGCCGUAUCCCAGCCAGUGUUCCUGGGGCUCUUCCAGGCAGGGCUAUGUUCCCCAGGCCAGGGGCAUUGUCCUGGACGGUCAGAAGGCAUACCCCCCGCCAGGUGGGACCACCCUGUGUAUGCAUGACCCUGACAGGCAGGCGCCGGGACAGUCAGGAGGCCAGGCCCGAGUGCCAGGCAUGGACGGGGACGCUGCUGCUGGGCACGUGCCUUCUGUACUGCGCCCGCUCCAGCAUGCCCAUCUGCACUGUCUCCAUGAGCCAGGACUUCGGCUGGAACAAGAAGGAGGCCGGCAUCGUGCUCAGCAGCUUCUUCUGGGGCUACUGCCUGACGCAGGUUGUGGGUGGCCACCUCGGGGAUCGGAUUGGGGGUGAGAAGGUCAUCCUGCUGUCAGCCUCUGCCUGGGGCUCCAUCACGGCCAUCACCCCACUGCUCGCCCACCUGAGCAGUGCCCACCUGGCCCUCAUGACCUCCUCACGCAUCCUCAUGGGCUUGCUCCAAGGGGUUUACUUCCCUGCCCUGACCAGCCUGCUGUCGCAGAAGGUGCGGGAGAGUGAGCGAGCCUUCACCUACAGCAUCGUGGGCGCCGGCUCCCAGUUUGGGACGCUGCUGACCGGGGCAGUGGGCUCCCUGCUCCUGGAAUGGUACGGCUGGCAGAGCAUCUUCUAUUUCUCCGGCGGCCUCACCUUGCUUUGGGUGUGGUACGUGUACAGGUACCUGCUGAGUGAAAAAGAUCUCAUCCUGGCCUUGGGUGUCCUGGCCCAAGGCCGGCCGGUGUCCAGGCACAGCAGAGUCCCCUGGAGACGGCUCUUCCGGAAGCCUGCUGUCUGGGCAGCCAUCGUCUCCCAGCUCUCUGCAGCCUGCUCCUUCUUCGUCCUCCUCUCCUGGCUGCCCACCUUCUUCAAGGAGACCUUCCCCGACGCCAAGGGCUGGAUCUUCAACGUGGUGCCUUGGUUGGUGGCGAUUCCGGCCAGUCUAUUCAGCGGGUUUCUCUCUGAUCAUCUCAUCAAUCAGGGUUACAGAGCCAUCACGGUGCGGAAGCUCAUGCAGGGCAUGGGCCUUGGCCUCUCCAGUGUCUUUGCUCUGUGCCUGGGCCACACCUCCAGCUUCUGUGAGUCUGUGGUCUUUGCAUCAGCCUCCAUCGGCCUCCAGACCUUCAACCACAGUGGCAUUUCCGUUAACAUCCAGGACUUGGCCCCGUCCUGCGCCGGCUUUCUGUUUGGUGUGGCCAACACCGCCGGGGCCUUGGCAGGUGUCGUGGGUGUGUGUCUGGGCGGCUACUUGAUCGAGACCACGGGCUCCUGGACUUGCCUGUUCAACCUUGUGGCCAUCAUCAGCAACGUGGGGCUGUGCACCUUCCUGGUGUUUGGACAGGCCCAGAGGGUGGACCUGAGCUCCACCCACGAGGACCUCUAGCUCCCAACCCCACAGCCUCUCCAAGGACCCAGGCACCAGCAGCCCCGGGACAGAGGGGACUCAGUGUGUGGGACUUGGUCACUCCAUGUUAGACACACGAGCAGAGAGGAACGCAAACCACUGUGGAGCCUGAAGCUGCUGAAGGAGAGUCCACACCAGUUGGCGGGAGGGUGGGGUGGGCCUGGGUCCAGACCAGGCUCGCUGCUCUCUGGGCCUCAGUUUCCCCACCUGCCAGCGGGCUCGGCCCUGUCCUUACAGGCUGGUGUGGCCGUCAGGGUGAGUGGGGUUAUUGUUAGUAGGCGCAGCCUCAUUCCCACCACGAUCUGUUCCGCAUGGUUCCCGCCAAGCCUCCCGCGGUUGCCGUGCUCUCCGCAAGCCUCUUGCAGCGCCCGCCUGCUAAUGUGAGGCUGGCACCAGGCUGCAGCCUCCCCAAUCCCAGCCCAUUUUGCUGUGUCUCUGGCGGGCUGUCCUCCUUAGUGGGAGCUGUCCUGUGCACUGUAGGAUGCUUAAAGGUAUCCUUGGCCUCCACCCACCCCUUGCCAGCAGCACCUACUCUCCCUCCUCCCAGUCAGACAACAGCCAGAAAUGUCUCCAGACUCUGCCCAUCCUCCCCGGGUAGCCACCCUCGAGACAUGACCUCAGAGUCUCUGUGUCUCCCAGCAGCCUGACAGAGACCCCCAGGGCAGUGGGUGGGUGGCGGGCUAGAGACCCUUGCCCGUUUCUGGGACCCUGGUGCCGCUCUCCCCUCCUGUGGAUCCCUCCGCACUAACAGUGUUCUCAGUGGGCAGACGCCUGGGCACCCCUUGGGCCUGCCCAGCAUGGCCAUGGCGCAGGCUCUGGAACCCACACGGCUUUCCCAGACCUGGUGAUUCUGCUCUCCAGGGACGGUUGGCACCUUCCUCAGGGGCGGGCCCCAUGCACCCCAGAACACACAGACCCACCUUUCUGGCGUUCUUUCUACCUCCCUUUUCAUUGCCUGAGGAGCUGGUGGUUUCAUGAGUUAAUGAUACAUCUUGCAAGGUGUACACAUAGAGAAAAAAACCUAAAAAUGUGGAAAAGCACGCCAAAGCCUUAUUUAAAUAAUAACUAUUAAACUAUUCAAAAA